AUGGCUAACUUGCGGCAUUUUCGGAUCGACCUGUUCCAGCAAACCUACGAGGAAUUUUCUAGCCUCGAAUUUACAGUCGACACGGAUAGGGCGGUGGCAAUAAGCGGGUUGGAAAGCCGACUUGCCAAAUUGUAUGGCUCAGCUUCGUACGGCCUCGUCCAUGAUCCGCAGGAUAUCGGCUACCUCAUUCGAAGUCUUCUUUGGCAGCGCGAAAGCCAGUGCUUGGCCUUGGUUAGACUCAAAUAUCCCCCUGGUCGCCAGAUACCAUCGUGUUCCUGGAUGUCAGUGAAAGGACCGAUUUCCUAUCUUCACGUGCCACUCACGAGAAUGGAUUGGCUCCUAGUCAACGCAUUACCAUUCUUUGACUGGUUCUACUCGUCAGCUCAGAAAUCGAACAGAGGACUAGCUACGUGCUUGGUAUGUGCUGGAGCCUUCUCGCAAGUCGACGGAGACAACAUCGUCCUAGAUCGCCCAACGGGUUCAACAGCACUUGAUUUUGUUGUACUUGGAACAGAAGCGGCUAAUCUGCCCGAGGGCCGAGAGAGGCACUACGGACUGCUCGUCGCUGCAACUGGUGGUAGUGACGAGAUCUACGAGAGGGUUGGUGUGGCAGUGGUCGAGAGAGAUGCGCAAUGGGCCAAAUCUUUGAUGCGUCGCAUCGAUGUCGCUUAA